AUGCCUGUGAGAAGAGGUCACGUUGCGCCACAAAACACAUUCCUUGGAAUAAUUAUUCGGAAAUUCGAGGGUCAGAACCGGAAAUUUGUGAUCGCCAACGCCAGGGUGGAGAACUGUGCAAUCAUCUACUGCAACGAUGGCUUCUGCGAGAUGACGGGCUUCUCCAGACCGGACAUCAUGCAGAAGCCGUGCACCUGCGACUUCCUCCACGGCGACCUGACGGACAAAGAGGCCAUCAGCCAGGUGGCGCAGGCGGUGAUGGGCUCAGAGGAGCGCAAGGUGGAGAUCACCUACUACCGCAAGGAUGGGACCGACUUUCAGUGUAACAUUCACGUAAUCCCGGUGAAGAACGAAGAGGGCGUGGUGAUGAUGUUUAUCUUAAAUUUUGAUUACGUGGUGGAUGAGGGGAGUGACAACUCCACGGAGAAGAUAAGCCCCACGUCCCCAACAAAGUCAGAUCAAAGUGAAUUCUUCCGCUUCCGCCAGGCCGCUUUGAGCCUAAUGAACACCAACAAGCAAUCUCUUCCGCAAGAGGACCCAGACGCCGUGAUGGUGGACUCGCCCAAAGAGGACGAGGACUCGGUGGCCCUUGAGAGUUUCCCGUCGCCCACCAAGAGCAUCUGCAGUCCCAUCGAGGCCAACGACACGCACGCCCUCAUAGGCUCCAGCCACCACUCCUCCCAGGGCAGCGUCGGCCCCGAACCGGUUGACCACUCGUCGCCUAAGCUCCCCUGGGAGAAGCUGUACCACACGGAGCCACACCAGUCCUCUACCUCCCUGUCCAACACCUUCCCCAGAGACAGCAUCAGUAGCAUGAGGAGAGCCUCGUCCGUCCAUGAAAUCGAGGGCUACAGCUCCAACUCCAAAAGCUUUUUCAGGGAUCGGCACACAAGUGAAGGCCCUUUCAACCACGUGAAGUCCAGCCUGCUUGGCUCUACCUCUGAUUCGAAUAUCAACAAGUAUAGCACAAUCAACAAGAUCCCCCUGAUUGCACUCAACUUCUCGGAGGGCACCGAUAAGAAGACCCAUUCUCCGCCGACGUCUGAGAAAACCAUCAUAGCGCCGAAAGUCAAGGAAAGAACUCACAAUGUCACGGAAAAAGUCACACAGGUCCUGUCGCUCGGAGCUGACGUGCUGCCCGAGUACAAACUCCAGACGGCUCGCAUUGACAAGUUCACCAUCCUCCACUACAGCCCCUUCAAAGCUGUGUGGGACUGGCUGAUCCUGCUGCUGGUCAUCUACACGGCCAUCCUCACUCCUUACUCUGCAGCUUUCCUUCUCAAUGACCAAGAGGAGCAGAGGAGGCGCGAAUGCGGAUACUCGUGCAGCCCCCUUAAUGUAGUGGAUUUAAUGGUGGACAUCAUGUUCAUCAUUGACAUCCUCAUAAACUUCAGGACCACUUACGUAAACCAGAAUGAGGAAGUGGUCAGUCACCCCGCAAAGAUAGCAAUCCACUAUUUUAAAGGCUGGUUCCUUAUAGACAUGGUGGCAGCGAUCCCCUUUGACCUUCUUAUCUUCGGCUCAGGAUCAGAUGAGACUACCACUCUGAUUGGCCUGCUAAAGACAGCGAGGCUCCUGCGAUUGGUGCGUGUAGCCAGGAAGCUGGACCGCUACUCUGAAUACGGAGCCGCGGUCCUCAUGUUGCUCAUGUGCAUCUUCGCCCUCAUUGCCCACUGGCUAGCCUGUAUAUGGUACGCCAUUGGCAAUGUGGAGAAGCCCUACUUGGAGCACAAGAUUGGCUGGCUAGACAAUCUGGGCGUGUCCAUAGGGAAGAGAUACAACUACAGCGAUCCCAGCUCCGGGCCCUCCAUCAAGGACAAGUACGUCACAGCGCUUUACUUCACCUUCAGCAGUCUGACCAGCGUGGGCUUCGGAAACGUUUCCCCAAACACCAACUCAGAGAAAAUCUUUUCCAUCUGUGUCAUGUUGAUCGGCUCUCUCAUGUACGCCAGCAUCUUUGGAAAUGUCUCUGCCAUCAUCCAGAGGUUGUACUCAGGCACGGCCCGCUAUCACGCUCAAAUGUUACGGGUCAAAGAGUUCAUCCGCUUUCACCAGAUUCCCAACCCACUGAGGCAACGGCUGGAGGAGUACUUCCAGCACUCCUGGACCUACACCAACGGCAUCGAUAUGAACACGGUGUUAAAAGGCUUUCCUGACUGCCUGCAGGCAGAUAUUUGCCUUCACCUCAACAGAAAUCUUCUGCACAACUGCAAAGCCUUUCAAGGAGCCACCAAAGGCUGCUUGAGGGCUUUGGCCAUGCGCUUCAAAACCACUCACGCGCCUCCUGGAGACACUCUGGUCCACGGCGGUGACGUGCUCACUGCCCUCUACUUUCUGUCCCGUGGCUCAAUUGAGAUCUUGAAAGACGAUAUAGUGGUAGCGAUCCUGGGAAAAAAUGACAUAUUUGGAGAGAUGAUCCAUCUAUUUGCCAAGCCUGGAAAGUCCAAUGCUGAUGUGCGAGCUCUAAGUUACUGUGACCUGAGCACCAUCCAGAGAGAAGAUCUGCUGGAGGUGCUGGACAUGUACCCGGAGUUUGCAGACUGCUUCUUUAAUAACCUGGAGCUUACCUUCAACCUCAGAGAUGAGCCUGCCAAGCCCUCCAGUGUCCAAGGCGGCGAUUCAGACGACGAGGGCAAUAAAAGUAUAAAAAGAAGAAUUUCUUUCACUUCAGAUCUAUCUAAAGGGGAAAACAAGGAAGUGGGAAAAGACAUUCAAAGGGAGAGAGAGUCUAACUCGUGCCUAAAGAGAAGUUCAGUCGUCCUGGGUCCCUCUUCGCUCAACGUCCCGGCCCUAGACUCAGAUCUUAUUGUCAGAGACAGCAUGGACAGAAGACCAUCCUUUGAAGAUCUGUGCUGUGAUAAAUGGGCCUGUAAGAAGCCUACAGACUACCUGGAUGAGUCAGCACAGUUCCAGGACCUGAGAGAGGAUGAUAAUUCUGCCAGCGAACUCACAUACGGGGAGGUGGAACAACGCUUAGGUCAGCUUCAAGAGCAUUUAAACAGGCUGGAGUCUCAGCUGAUAUCAGACAUUCAGACCAUCCUGCAGCUGCUGCAGAGACAGCCGACUCUGGGACCUCCUGCCUACAGCACUGUGACUGCCAGUCCAGACUAUCACAGACCUGCUGUGAAGGUUCAGCCAGCUGCUCUGACUGCAAGCCAUUUUUUCAGCCAUACAGCAACUCAAGGCCCUAACAGUAAAGCGGAGAGCACCGUUCAGGAACCCAAAGACUCUCUUACGAGCUUGGCCAAUGUGAAUGCACCCGUCAAGGACAGCCUUACUGCACUGCUUGUACAGAGACACACGGAGUCACAACAACAGCAGCAGCAACAGAUCACAGGGCAGCAACAGUCAGCAUUGAUCCUUCUUCCAACUGAAACUUCUUCCCCCUCUUCUUCUUCCUUGGCGUCACCUUCUGACUCCAACCUCAACACCACGGGAUUCCACAGACCUGUCUCAGACCCAGAGUUUCCAAGGCCAUAAACCUUUCAGCAGCACUGUAUUCUGAUAUCGGGGUUGUAAUGCUGUAAUUACUAAGUAGCAGUUGUUUUUUUUUUUCUUUUUUGAGAUUUUUUUUUUUUAUCAGCAUGCUGGCACAGACAUCUGUAUUGUUAAUUUGCAGUGGCUUGGUAA